AUGCCUCGUCCGGCAGCUGCUGCAUCAACUAAGGGUAAAGAUGAAUCGGUUCGAGUCGUUGUUCGAUGUCGUCCGAUGAGCGACAAAGAACAAGAAUCUAGCUGUGAAAGAGUAGUUGACAUCGAUCAUCAACGUCGACAAAUAUCCAUUCGACGGCCCGCUCUUGAAUCUUCACAACGCAAUGCUGAUGAAAGUACACAUGCAUUCUUCUUCGAUGCAGUUUAUGAUUGGACUUCAAAACAAAAAGAUGUUUAUGAACAAACUGCUCGGCCACUUGUUGAUUCAGUACUAGAAGGAUUUAACGGAACAAUAUUUGCCUACGGUCAAACUGGUACUGGAAAAACAUUUACAAUGGAAGGUGUUCGUUCUCAAGUGGAAUUACGUGGAAUAAUUCCAUCAUCGUUUGCACAUAUUUUUGAUUCUAUCGCACAUGGUACAUCUAGACAAUUUCUUGUACGAGCUUCUUACCUUGAAAUCUAUAAUGAAAGUAUUCGUGAUCUUUUAUCAAAAGAUCAAAAUAAACGUUUACAAUUACAAGAACAUCCAAAAGAAGGUGUUCAUGUACAUGAUCUCAGUUCAUUUAUUACAAAAAAUGUACAAGAAAUAGAACAUGUGAUGACAACAGGAAAUCUAAAUCGUUCAACAGGGGCAACCAAUAUGAAUGAACAUAGUUCACGAUCGCAUGCUAUUUUUAUUAUUACUGUAGAAAGUAGUGAACUUGGCACCGAUGGAAAGCCACAUAUCUGUGUUGGCAAACUGAAUCUUGUUGAUUUAGCUGGUAGUGAACGUCAAGCGAAAACAGGAUCGACCGGUGAUCGCUUUAAAGAAGCAACAAAUAUAAAUUUAUCUCUUUCUGUACUUGGUAAUGUUAUUUCUGCACUUGUUGAUGGAAGCUCACACGUACCCUAUCGAGAUUCGAAACUGACUAGAUUGUUACAAAAUUCUCUUGGUGGUAAUUCAAAAACAAUUAUGAUUGCAACACUUGGACCUGCAAAUUAUAAUUAUGAAGAAUCCCUUACAACGCUUCGUUAUGCUAAUCGUGCUAAAAAUAUCAAGAAUCAACCACGUAUAAAUGAAGACCCGAAAGAUGCUCUAUUAAGAAAAUUUCAAGAAGAAAUAGCACGAUUAAAAGAGCAACUUGGAGGAAAAGGUAGCGACAGUAAAGGCUCACGUCGUUCUCGAAAUAAAGACGGGGCUAGCAAUGAUGGCGGAAACGAGGAUGAUCACAAUGAUGAAGAACUAUAUCUCAAAGAACAACAAGAUAGACUAAACGAAGAAAAAAGAUCAAUUUGCCAGAAGAAAAAUUUAAAUGAAACGGAACGAGAUAACAUGCUUAGAGAAUUAGAAAAAAAACAACAAGAAAUUCAGCGUGAACAAGAUGAACGUCGUGAAAUGCAAAAUAAAAUUCAACAAAUGGAAUCGAAAUUAAUUACCGGUGGAAAAGAUAUUAUUACACAUACGAGUGAACAAGAAGAAAGUUUACGACAAAAAAGACGUUUAAUUGCUGAAGCUGAACGACGUAAUCGUGAAGUUCAACAGCAAUUAGAACAAGGCGAAGAAGAACGACAAAGUAUGAAGGAAAAAUAUACAAGUAUCAAAGAAGAAGUUGAAGAUAAACGAACUAAACGAGAUAAAUUAUCUAAACAAUUGAAAAAAGUUGAAGCUAAAAAACUUGAAAUUAUUGAAAAACAUCGAAUAGCACGUGAAGAACUUGAAGCCGAACAACGUGAAAUUCAGAAACAAACGAAAUUAUUUCAGCUUGUUAUUCAAAAUUUUAUUCCCGUUGAUGAACGUGAGCGAUUAUUGAAACGAGUUCAAUUUGAUGAUCGGCAAAAUUGUUGGACACUGAAAGAAUUGUCAAAAGAAACAGAUCAAAUGGCUGCUCGUCCAGUUUUUACUCGACAUGAUCGCCGUCCAAUAGCUCUACAUUCACAGGCGAAUUCCGUUCCAGAAGUCGCUUAUUUCAAAGGUGAAAAUAUAAUUUUGCUUCAACUCGAUUUCCCUAGUCGAACAACUCGAGACUAUGAAGGUCCAAUGGUUUCGCCGGUGCUUCAAGCUACAAUCGAAACUGCAAUGAGAGACGAAGAACAUAUUGAAUUAGAUGCCAAGAAAGUGAUUCCGAAUAAUGGAGGUACUUAUGAUGAUUAUGCAUCAUCGACAUCGACGAUAUUGUCUAUCGGACACGGAGAUUUAAAUGCAAGUCGCGGUAUGAAUAGUGCAAGACGUUACAAUUGA